AUGCGGUAAUAACGCAUUUGAAUAUGAGGCUUAAGUAGUAUAAAAUAAAAAAAGUUUUGUUUUUAAAUUUUUAAAAUUUUUUAUCUUAACAUUACCUUAGGUCUGCCGUAUCAUUAAUAAACUAACUUUUGAAUUUGCACUGAUUUUGGCCCUACUCUACUUCUGGUCUGACUUUACUCCUGACCUCACCCUACACCUUGCCUCUUGAUAAAUGACCCUAUCUUAUUUCUAGCCUUACUUUACCUUUGACUUUACCUUACUUCUGGAGUUAGCCCAUUUCUAGCUCUAUCUUACAUUUAGUCGACCUUACUUAUGAUCCUAUCCUACUUCUAGUCUACUUUUGGCCUUACUUACUUCUGGCUCAACUUUUCUUUUGGCUCAACUCUACUUUUGGCCUUACCUUACGUCUAAUUCUAAUCACAUUUCAGUCUAUCGUACUUCUAAGCUUACUUUAGUUAUAGUCUUACCUUACUUUUGGCUCUACAUUAAUUCUAGGCCUACCCUACUUCUGGCGUUACCUUACUUCCAGCCUUAUCUUAAUUUUCUAUACCCUUUGUUGCUAGCCGUAUUAUAACUAUUGAAAAACCUUACAUAUACUAGUCUUCCCAUGACACAACAAUUAAAUUUUGCAAAACUGAUAAGAAGUUUUUUUAAAAUUAAAAAAAAACUCUUUCUUUAUUGUCCCCAUACUUGUACCAACCAUAACAUGCUAGAAAAAGCCUCUUGAAAUCAUCGAAUGUAUAAAAAAGCGUCAGACGGUUGUCCAUAAAAGCGAUGUUUGCUUUGUUCCGCAAUUCAGCGCAAAUCCGCAUUGUCCGCUUGUAUUUGGGUCACUCCAAGUGUUUCUAGUUUCUUAUGCUUUUGGAUACAAGUUAAUAGUAGUAAGUGGUUUUAGACUUUUGGGUUUUUCUUAAUUUGAAAAAGUUUAAAAUUUGUUUUUAAGAACUAGGCUACAAUUUGUAAAUUUUAAGGGGUAAAAAGGCUUGACAGAGGCUCACUAGGUCCGACCCGGCUCAAAGUAAGUUUGAAAGAGGUCGGGCUGGCACAUUUAGUCCUGAGGGGUCAAGGGCUCAAAUCAAGGUCACAUUUGUAAGCCAAGCCAGAAACUUGAGCUCGGCCCGGCUUUUAAGAUUUAAAAUAAAAAAAAAGUUUUGUCGUCAAUUUAUAUUAGCUUCCACGAGAAAAAACCACAAGACUUUUUUACUUCUUUUUAAUAUUACCUCUUUUUAUGCUGAUUUACCGUGAAAUUGAAACCUCAAUUUCCAGAACCAUCAAUGUAUCACUGGAAUGCAGAAUGGGUUUUCUAACCGCUACUGGACAUUAAUCAUCUACAUUAUUCUCCAACCUUUGCCCACUACAACAACACCUUUAAAUUUUAUCUGUGAGCCUGGAGUAGACCUACUAGGUAUGACAUUCUGCCCACAAAGUACGCGCUUGAACAAAGAAACGUCGUUAUGUUGUAAAAACCCUGAGGAAGUCUACUGUGCCCCACCGUUGGAGUUGGCUAACGAUGGGAUAGCAUGUCCUGAUACUCAUCCUUAUGAUGAGGUUAAAGAGUUGUGUUGUGGCAGUGGAAUGAUGUUGAUUCAGAAAGGGCAGAGUAGUGUUAAAACGGUGACAAAAGUGGAUCCAAUAGCUGUGAAAGCAGAAAAGGUACUUCGACCUUCGGCCAACAUUAACAAAGAGUAUGUUGAACAUGGUGGAAGGUUCAACAAAGAGCAAGAACGGCUACAUAACAGAAAGAUCGACCCUUUAGCUAAUCUUAACAACAGAAAAAUCGACCACUUGGCCAAUCUCAACAACAGAAAAAUUGAUACUCUGGCCAAUCACAAGAGGUAUGGUACUAAAAACAGUGUUAAUAUCAACCAAGAGUACCAAAAGAUCCACGAAACGAGAACAAUCGACUAUAACAUCAACAGAGGACGAACUACAGACAAUUCACCUUACAUUAACACAGGCCAUAGUGGUGUAGGGAAUCUGCCCUAUAUUAACAAGGAACACAAAAUUCACGGCCAUACUAUAGUAGAUAGCAUAAGUGAUGAAGAAGAAGUUAAAAGAAGUUUUGGAAGAAAGAAGAAAAUUCACGGUAGAAAGACAAAUGACUCAGAUUCAGCUGAAAUCUCUUGGCCGUUAAGUCGACGAAAGAAAAAACGAAAACAUAGGAAUAAAGUUGAAGAGAAUGGGUUUGAUUGUGAAGAUUUUGCUUUACCAGGUAAAAAAUUAUUUUUUCUAUUUUUUCGUUUCACUUACCUUGUUUAUCCCAACCCUGGUCUUGGUCUGGUCUUAUCCACAAUCUUAGUUUUAGCCAUAGUCCAAUCCUUGUUCUAGGUGUGGUCCUAGCAUUGGUUCUGGUUUUGUUCUUUGCUCUUUUCUAAUUCUAAUCUUAGCUUUAACCUUAGCGUAGCUAUGGCUCCAGCUUUUUUUAACUAUAGCCACAGUUCUAAUUAUCGCCUUGGCAAGCUUGGUUCUGGCCUUGUUUUUAAUUCUAGUUUUAGUUUUGGCUUUGACCUUAACUCUGUUCCUUGCCCCAAUCUCAACCUUUUCUAUGUCCCAGACCAGACCCCCUGGCUUUGGCAAUUUCCACUUUGACCGUGGCCCUGAUUUUGGCUUUGGUCUUUUCCUUGGUUCUAGCCAUCGAAAUGACUAUAGCUCUGGUUCUAGCUCUAGCCUCGGGCCUUGCUCGUCAUAAUCCAAGUCCUAGCCUUAGCUCCAAUUUGUAUUUGUCCUAAUCCUGUUUUUUUUUGUCUUGGUUCUGAGCCUAAUCCUUGCCAGGGUUCUGAGCCUGUGUUUGACCAUAGUCCACUUCCUGAUUACAGCCUUAACUAUCUGCUCUGCCUUUUCUCUACCUUGCCCUACCCAAUUCGACCUUUCUCAUCUUCAAAAUACUUAUUUUAGGCCGAGAAUCCGACUGCCCAUACCGCCGAAACCUUUGUCAUAACCAUGUGUUCCACUCUAUUAUGAAAAGUCAAUGCCCAAAGAGUUGCGGUUACUGUAAUAAGAAUAUCGACAAAAAAGAAACGGUCAUCUACACGAGAGUGUUGCCUGAGGAUUGGAGUGAGGAAAUUGAAUGUAUGGACAAGGAAAAGGAAGAUGGGACAUCUGAAUGCACCAAGAAUAAGGUCAAAUGUCUGACAGAGCCAUUCGUUCACUUUAUGCAGCAGGAGUGUCCUGUUACUUGUGGAUACUGUAAAUGGUAUAUGAAGCGGAGAAAGAUACCGAAAAGAGUUAUCGAAGAGUUGGAUUAUGACUAUAUGACAUAG